AUGCCCGACGCGGUGCUCGAUGACAUUUCCCACCGCCGCUUCAACCCAUUGAGAGGGUCUUGGGUCCUCGUCUCCCCGCAUCGAACCAAGCGGCCCUGGCAGGGCCAGAAGGAAGAGCCGAGCAAGAAUGUGCUGCCUGCAUAUGAUGAGAAGUGCUAUCUGUGUCCUGGCAAUAAGCGGGCCCAGGGCGAUGCGAACCCCGACUACGACCGCACCUUUGUCUUUGUGAAUGACUAUUCCGCGGUCAGAGAACAGCAGGCGGAUUAUGAGCCCCCCGAACAGAAUGGCACCCUCGCAUCCCGAUUGCUUCGAGCAGAGAGCACCACGGGCAAGUGCUAUGUCAUCACCUUCUCCCCCAAACACAACCUCACCCUCGCCGACAUGCCCGCCUCCGACAUCCUCCCCGUCAUCGAAACCUGGACCAAACUCUACACCACCCAUAUAGACCCGCACUCGCCUCUCGUCCAUGUCUGCAAGCCCACCCACCUACCCCCUUCUGCCCACCAAAACGGCGACCUCGUCGACCAUGCCCAGCAGCAAUACCGAUAUAUGCAGAUCUUUGAAAACAAGGGCAGCGCCAUGGGCUGCUCCAACCCGCAUCCCCACGGUCAAAUUUGGACUACCACUUCCCUCCCCGAAGAGCCGGAGAUUGAACUGCGCCAUCUCUCCCAAUACCGACGCGAACAAGGCGGCGCACACAUGCUAGAAGACUACGCAAAGCUAGAAAGCGACAAAGGCGAGCGCACAGUCUACGAGAACGACAGUUUCUGGGCCGGCUGUCCGUGGUGGGGAACAUGGCCGUUUGAGAUCAUGGUCGUGCCGCGAGCGCACAAGCGCGCACUCGUCGAUUUGUCCCGGAAGGAGAGGGAGGACUUGGCGGAGAUGAUUGCGGAGAUUACGCGGCGAUACGACAACCUGUUUGAGACGAGUUUCCCUUAUAGCAUGGGCAUCCACCAAGCCCCGCUCUCCGGCACCGACGACGAAAUCGAAUCCUCCCACUUGCACCUGCACUUCUACCCGCCCCUCCUCCGCAGCGCGACGGUGCGCAAGUUCCUCGUUGGCUACGAAAUGAUGGCCGAGCCGCAGAGGGACAUCACGCCCGAGCAGGCGGCGAAGCGGUUGCGGGCGUGCGGGGGCCCGCUGUACAGGAAGAAGUUGAGCUGUCCGUGA